UUUCUUCCGGUUUCCGGUCCCGGAGAGAAAUGGUUUUUAAACUAAUGCAACUAUGCAAGUGUGAAAGAGAGAGAGAGAGCCAAUGACUCGUUUUGGACUCCAUAGAUUUAGACUCUGCUUUAGCGGACCUCUUUCAUUCUUUUUCUAUGAACAUGUCAGCGCCUCCAUCUCCUCCUCUUCCUGCUUCUUCUUCUUUCUCUGAUUACAACAGGCGUAUUCUUUUGGUGCAUUAUUUGUUGGCUUCCUUGACAAAGGUAGCUUUGUGGUCAGCGAGCUUUAAGAAUUUUAGAAGUUCCAGCUUUAUUCUUACUUUGUGACUUUGAAUCUUCUUGGUCAAUUUUGUUUUUUAUUCUGAAUUUUAGUUCUGUUUUGGAUAUGUUAUAUAAGAUGCGAAUUAGAAAUGUGGAUUAUUCUUGGUAUCUGCUUUAUCAUAUACACAAGCCCGUGUGUGUUCAUAGAUUUGGGUAGGCUACUCGAAAUUUACAUAAUCAUCAUGUUCUAGGUGAUUGAUGGUGCUUUGAUGCUUUCCAGAAAAUCGUCUUUGGAAAUUGAAGGGCUUGCUCUGUACGAGAAUGUUUCUCAUGAUGGAAGAUUAGCUUAUUUAACUAUGCUACGAGGGAAGGUCCUUUGGAUGUCGAUUAAGUUCAGCAAAUGGGUGUUUAUAAGAUCGAUUUCAACUUUGGCCUCAAAUUGAGAUAAUCCAAAUGCUACAAUGUGGUCAAGAUCAACUUAGUUAGUUGUGUGAUAAAGUUGGAAAUAAAUUGAGGUUUUGAUUAUUGUUUUUCUCAUAACUAGCGUUGUGCCUUGUUGGUAUGGAUGUUUCCAAUAUCUACAGCACUGACCGGACAAUAACAUAUUGCAAACGUUAUAAAGUAUCAAAAUUGACUCAGACCAUUAUUGAUGCUACUGAAAUAUCUAAUUUGAAAGAUCGAUAUGUUCUUGGAGAACAGUUGGGAUGGGGCCGAUUUGGUGUUAUAAGGGCAUGCUCAGAUAAGGUGACUGGUGAGGUUUUAGCAUGCAAGUCUAUUGCUAAAGAUAGAUUGGUCACACUUGAUGAUGUUCGAAGCGUGAAGCUUGAGAUUGAAAUAAUGACUAGGCUAUGUGGGCAUCCAAAUGUUGUAAAUCUUCAGGCAGUGUAUGAGGAGGAUAAUUAUGUACAUUUGUUGAUGGAGUUGUGUGCAGGAGGAGAGCUUUUUCACCGGCUUGAGAAGCAUGGGAGAUUCUCAGAAUAUGAUGCCCGGCUUACUUUUAGGCAUCUGAUGCAAGUUGUGCGAUAUUGUCAUGAGAAUGGAAUUGUUCAUAGAGAUCUGAAGCCAGAGAACAUUCUCUUAGCCACCAAAUCAUCAUCAUCACCAAUCAAAUUGGCAGACUUUGGUCUUGCAACCUAUAUCAAACCAGGGCAUAAUUUGCAUGGAACAGUUGGAAGUCCAUUUUACAUUGCCCCUGAGGUACUGGCUGGAGGAUAUAACCAGACUGCUGAUGUGUGGAGUGCUGGUGUAAUUCUUUACAUUCUUCUUAGUGGAAUGCCUCCAUUUUGGGGGAAAACUAAAUCAAGGAUCUUUGAUGCAGUUAGGGCUGCAGAUCUACGGUUCCCUCAUGAUCCUUGGAAUCAAAUAUCAGCAUCUGCAAAGGAUUUAAUCAUGGGAAUGCUUUGUGUCGAUCCUUCAAAGAGGCUUAGUGCUGCACAGGUUUUAGCUCACUCCUGGAUGCAGGAUUGUGCAGAGGCAGCGCAAGAAUCCUACAAGCACAACAGCCAUGACAUUGAACAACUAGAAACGGAUGGAAGCUGUUUGUCUAUUACGAGAGGCCAGGACUAUAGUUUCAACUAUGGAUCAUCCGUAUUUUCCAAAAGUCAACAGGAGCAAUCUCCUACAGUCACUUGUUCAUUUUCUUCAAUGGUAGCUGAUAACGUUUCUCCUCGGGCUGCAUCUGGAGAUUUCUCUUUUAGCAACUGCAGUGAAUCCGGUGAAAUAGAAUUUCCAUCGAUGCAAAGCUUUACCUUCUUUAGUCCAAGUUCUGUGUUUCAGAAAGAAGAGAUUUCAUUCCAAUUUAGUGCAAUCGGGUCCGGAAUGGGUUCGAUUCAUGGAGAUGCAGAGGCAACUUCACAAAAGCCAUUUGUGUUGCCAAAUACUUCUCUAUUUGUAAAGCGGGCAGUAGGGGAAAUACUUCAAAGAACGGAAAUUCGACGGGAAGGGACCAGUGGGUCUAGAGUUUCUAGCAUCCAUAGCAGAAGGAAUCACACCAUUGGACUCGGUGAGCUCGAUCAACUCAACAUCAUAGUAACUGAGUCAAUCAUCCGCUGGGCAUCCUGCACACAAAUUCCUACUGCGCCAUCACUUAGAUUAUCACUUGUUUGCUAGAGCUGGACACUGGAAGAGAUUUGCCAAUGUAUGGAGCUCAAGUCUGACGAUAGGACUUAAUUUAUGGAUUGUAAUCAGAGUUUCUUUUUCUGGAUUUUUUUUUCGUUAGUUAAAUGUAAUUAUGACGAGUCAUAAACCAACUUGAAUCUGAGUUAAUGUUCAGUUUUUCUUAACUUAUAGUAAAGGGAAAUGCAUGCAGAUGCUUAACUGUCCUGAAUAAA